GAUGUUACCCAAAGCAAUCUUUAUCGCCUAAUGAUGUAUACUCCCCAUGUUGAAGAAGUCAAAUUCAAUUAUAUUGAGGACGUCAAGGAGAAAGACUGGGCGUAUUUCUAUAAAGUGCUAAAAACGGCAGAUGUUUGGAAAUUACGCUAUUUGCAAAAUGAUUGGGACUCGUGUCGUGUAGAUUCACAAAUUGAUCUUCCUGUAGUGUAUUCCAUUUAUCUAAAAUGUGCCCAGCAUCUAAAAAGUUCGCUUGCCUCAAUGCGCUUAAUUGAAAAAUAUAUGCCAACGAAUAUUGGUGUCAGCUUUUUACAUGAACUUGUCGCAUUAUCAUCUUUGCAUAUCAAUCGAGGUUUUUUGAAAAAUGUAAACGAUUUGGAUAUCAUACUUCAAUACACUCCUCAACUGGAAGAGCUCAAUGUCGAUUUUUCAAUCACAAGAUUCAAUUAUGAUCAUCCCAGCGACAGACCAAUAUUGAAUGAAGUGUAUCCCAAUAUGAAAAUACUUACUUUUCAUGACUACGUGUUUCAGACAGAUAAUCAAGUAUGUAUAUUCCAUAACAACUUUACUGGACUUCGAAAACUACAAAUUACAUGUGCCCAAAAUGAACUCAGUCUAAAACCGGAAACAACUGAGAAUUUUUUUAUAAUGCUCGCAUCACUUUCAGCUUAUCACAUACGCUUCAAAGAAAAUGCCAUUGACAUGUCGGAUUUUAUUAAUGAAAACUGUCGACAAGACAUGCAUGCGUUUGUCCAUGGUAAGAGUGGUGUAGAUAGAGAUGCCAUCAUUAUCAGCAAAACAGAACGGAUUCCCGAGGCAAUGGUAAAAUAUGAUUAUUCUACUGCAAGACAUAUUCUGUCACGCUUGGGCCCGCAUGUGCAGCAAAUUCAGCUUGUUUUUUUAGAAAGUGGUUAUACAAAACAUCUUUUGGAGCGUCUUUUUAGUACCCAAUACAUAACCAUUAAUGCUCUUGUAUGCCAAGGACUCGAUUUGUAUUGGCUUACCGAAGCAGAUUUAUUGUAUACAAGCUACAUCCAAAGUUUAACGUUUCAUGAUUGCAAAUUCUCUGAAGAAUCUCUCCAAGUGUUAUCUGCUGGCUUUACACAGUUGGACACAGUCCACUUUAAAAGCUGCCGUUUUGGGUAUUCUUGGAUAAAUAUUACCAUGCCAUCGACGGAUAUUCAUACUCUCUGUAUAUCGUAUAACCUUCCCUUUUGUGUCACUUUUGUAAAUAAUUUGAAUGAAUUAAGAUGGCGCAGUCUUUACAAUGAUAUGAUGGAAAACCCACACACUUUUCCUCUGGUUUCCAUCAAAUUGACAGAUGAAGGCAUCACAAGAUACUAUUAUACUAGAGGCGAAGACAAACCCGUGGCUGUGGAAACAUCAGAAACACAAUUUCAAUUGCUCGCAAAAAUGGUCCCGAGAAAAGACUUUUUUAAAAUUAUAAAUGUCUCCGUUAGGUCGAUCCAGAAGCUUUCGUUAAAAUUAAACAGCAACCGAUCAAACGAUAUUGAAAUGAUAUUCUAA